UGCAUCUCUACUAAUACUCGAAUCAAGUUUUUUUAAGGCAAGGAAAACAAUGGAAGUCUUCAAAAGCAUUGCAAACACGACGAGUUCUUUCUUUGUUAUAUGCAUUUUGCUUCUCUUUGCAAAUGCAGCAUCUGAAAAAACUCACUACCAUGAUUUUGUUAUUCAAGCAACACCAGUGAAGAGGCUGUGCAAAACUAGCAAUGCCAUAACGGUGAAUGGACAAUACCCUGGACCAACAUUAGAAGUUAACAACGGGGAUACUCUGGUGGUUAACGUUGUUAAUAAAGCUCGAUACAAUGUUACUAUUCACUGGCACGGGGUUAGGCAAAUGAGAACAGCAUGGGCAGAUGGACCGGAAUUUAUCACUCAAUGCCCGAUUAGACCAGGAAAGAGUUACACUUACCGGUUUACAAUUCAAGGACAAGAAGGGACACUUUGGUGGCACGCCCACAGCUCGUGGCUUAGGGCUACGGUUUAUGGAGCUUUGAUUAUCCAUCCAAAAGAAGGCGGAAACUAUCCAUUUCCUAACCCCAAAAGAGAAACACCAGUUCUGCUUGGUGAGUGGUGGAAUACGAACCCUAUUGACGUUGUAAGACAAGCAACAAGAACAGGAGCAGCUCCUAAUGUAUCAGACGCUUAUACUAUCAAUGGUCAGCCAGGUGAUCUAUACAAGUGUUCUAGACAAGAUACCACCAUAGUCCAUAUGGACUCUGGCGAAACUAACCUCCUUCGAGUUAUCAAUGCUGGAUUGAACCAACAGCUUUUCUUUACUGUGGCAAACCACAAGCUUACUGUAGUUGGAGCAGAUGCUAAUUAUGUUAAACCUUUCACAACAUCAGUCCUUAUGCUCGGACCAGGACAGACAACCGAUGUCCUGAUCAAAGCUGAUCAGACGCCAAGCAGAUACUACAUGGCAGCACGUGCCUAUGCAAGCGCUCAAGGCGCACCAUUUGAUAAUACCACAGCCACAGCCAUCCUCGAGUACAAGAAAUCGUCUUGCUCUUCCAAUUGUACCACAACUAAUCCCAUUUUCCCAUUGUUACCAGCAUAUAACGACACAACCACUGCUACAGCCUUCACAACCAAAUUCAGAAGCCCAAGAAAGGUUGAGGUCCCUACUGAAAUCGAUGAAAAUCUAUUCAUCACAGUUGGGCUGGGACUCGAGAACUGCCCAACAGGUGCACCCUCCAGUAACUGUCAAGGUCCAAAUGGAACUCGAUUCGCUGCCAGUAUGAACAACAUAUCGUUUGUGCUGCCAUCCAAUUUUUCCCUGCUACAAGCACAUCACCAACGCAUACCUGGUGUCUUCUCAACGGACUUCCCAUCUGUACCACCUGUAAAAUUUAAUUACACAGGCAACGUAAGCCGAUCUUUAUGGCAACCUAUUCGAGGAACUAAGCUGUACAAACUGAAAUAUGGGGCAAAAGUGCAAGUUGUGUUACAGGGGACAGGUAUCUUCACAGCUGAAAAUCAUCCAAUUCAUCUUCACGGAUACGAUUUCUACAUCAUUGCUGAGGGUUUCGGUAACUUCAAUCCAAAAACAGACACAUCUAAAUUCAACCUUAUUAAUCCACCUCUCAGAAAUACAGCAAGUGUACCAGUUAACGGAUGGACAGUCAUCAGAUUUAUCGCGGACAAUCCAGGAGUGUGGAUAAUGCAUUGUCAUUUGGAUGUUCACAUUACAUGGGGUUUGGCGAUGGCGUUCCUCGUGGAAAAUGGAGUUAGUGAGCUCGAAUCUUUGGAGGCUCCUCCCGUAGAUUUUCCUGUCUGUUGACGAUUGCAAGAAGCAACAACAAACAAGAAUUAAUUUGAGUUUUUAACUAAACUUGAAUCUCGCAUUGCUAUAAUUAGUUUAGCCUUUGGGUAUAUAGGAAACAAUAUUGCAAUGUGUCCAACUUCAUCAAUACUAUUCCCAUUGGUGUUACCUUUGCGUUUUGCAAUAUAUGAAAUCUAUUUUGUUCAAUGUAAAAGUACGAUCGUGAGGAUAUAUACAAUCUUAAAGUAUAACUGAAGAUGUAUACAUAUCUUUUUUUAAAAGUUCAGGGUAUAUUUGUUCUUUUCUGUUUUAACAAUAUUUCGAUCUCCUAUUUGCAAACUAAGACAAAUACAUAAAAAGAUUUCAUCAAAUAUGACACUUGCAAACUUUCAUCUUAUAUGAAUUAAAGGAAAAAUCACUUUAAUACAACAAACUCAUUUUAUCAUAUUUUCUAAAAUUUCCACUAUUUGAAAAAAUAACAAAAAAUUCUACUCUCCUAUCUUAGAUACAUUACUUUACGUGAUGUAUCGAUCAGAUACAUUACUUUACGCGAUGUAUUAGCUGGAUACAUCACUUUACUAAUGUAUCAGAAUGUGCGCGAUGUAUUGAGACGUUGAAUGAUGUAUCCGAAAUCAAGACGCAAUGAAUCCGGACGUUGAAGGAUGUAUGUGAAGUCGGGAUACAUCACUUUACUAAUGAAUCGGAACGCACGCGAUGUAUCGGGACGUUGAGUGAUGUAUCUUGAACGCGAUGUAUCAUGAUGUUUUGGGAUAUAUCCGGAUUCCACCAAAUUAAAGAAAUUUUUAUAAUUUAAAAAAGAGUAAGCAUAUAAUAUAAUUAGCUCUUAAUACUAUGAUUUUUGUG